AUGACUGACUGGCGAGCCGGGGAUCCAGUGCGAGGUGCAGGACAGACCGUUAACAGCUGUCGUCCAGUGUUGAGGGUGUUCAGAGAGUCCAGUUCUCCUGUUGCUGUCAUGGGCUUCAGGGCGGUGCUGCUGUCCUUCCUGCUGGUGUCUCUGAGCUGGACCAGAGGAGCCGUCAUCACAGGGGCCUGUGAGAGAGACAUGCAGUGUGGGUUUGGUCUUUGCUGUGCUGUCAGUCUAUGGCUGCGGGGCCUGAGGAUGUGCGUCCCAAGAGGUGUGGAAGGGGAUGAAUGCCACCCCUUUAGCCAUAAGGUGCCAUAUCAAGGGAAAAGGCAACAUCACACCUGCCCCUGUCUCCCCGACUUGGUGUGCACCAGGUACGGUGAAAGCAAGUAUAGAUGUACUGAAAACUUCAAAGACCUGGACUUUUAAAUGAUGCCCAAACAUUCAGACGAAGAAGAUCAGAAACAGCACUCAGAGUGAAGACUUGACCAGGCCGUGGAUCAGAAACAUAUUUAAUCUUCACUGGCUGUAUUCUUUAUUUGUGUACUCUAUGCACUAUAAUUCGUAGUCUGGAUUCAAUCAAUCACACGUCAAGGACAGAAAUGUCAAGAGAGUGUAACCUUUAAAGAGCCACAGCAGAUA